UUGCGGUCUCCACGGUCCCGAUAGCGUGCAAUAUGGUUCUUUUUGACGUUACUGUAGUUGGUUCUUGUAAUAGUGAUUUAUCGGCGUUUGUAUUGCUGUUUUCUCAAAACAUGCACUUAUAGGUUUACAAAUGUGUUUCCAAAUGUAGGAGAAACAGUCAUAGGCACGUCAUUUACUAUGGGUCUCGGUGGGAAAGGUGCCAACCAAUCUGUUGCGGCUCGAGUACUUGGCUGCGAAGUGGCUCUGGUGGCCAAGGUGGGCUCGGAUUCUUUUGGGAAAAAUUUUGUCUCCCGGCUCGACGCUCUUGGCAUUGCAUCACAUGGCGUAACUGAGUCGACGGGAGCCAGCACAGGAGUCGCCUUCGUCAUUGUUGAGUGUGAUCGUGGACAAAAUCGCAUAAUAGUUAUCCCCGGAGCCAACAAGCACCUGACACCCGGAGACAUCGAUUCCGCGGUAACACGAAACCUGCUCGAUUGUCAUGUGUUGGUUUGCCAGUUUGAGAUUAACGUCCUCACAACGCUGCAUUCUCUGCGGUUAGCUCGAAAACACGGAGCUGUGACCAUUCUCAAUCCGGCCCCACCCCUCAAACAUUCGAGCGAAUUACAGCCUUCUGGAGACGGUGAUCUAAUUCGAGAGCUGUUGAGCACCUGUGAUUAUUGUUGUCCGAAUGAAACAGAAGCCGCCCAUUUGGUUGAUCACGUACCUUCCGUCGAUUUCUCUCUGGACUCCAAAGAGAACAAUGCUCACGUGAUCCCGCCUGUUUUCAUCGAAUGUCUCAAUUGGAUGCGUGAACAAGGCGUUAAGUACCCAGUAAUCACUUUGGGAUCAAUGGGUGCUUUGGCUUUGAUAUCAAAUGACACCAUGCACGAAUCUCAAUCCGAUGUCGUUGUGGUGCAGUGCACUGGCAGCGGAACCGUGGUGCAAGUUCGCGCUCCGUUGAUUACAAAUGUUGUGGAUACCACAGGUGCUGGUGAUUGUUUCAUCGGGGCUCUAUCGUUCUUCAUUGCUCGUUACCCGCAACUGAGUGUCAUCGAACGUCUUCGCCGUGCGGUGUGGGUUGCCAGCCAGUCCGUUCGUAGAGAAGGCACACAGUCCAGUUACCCAAACAGAAAUGAGCUGCCCUCAGAGUUGUUCGAGACAUCUACUUUCACCUGGCCUAACGUCCCAAUCUAAAAGAUGCCCACACUUGAUUGAACUAUCUGUGACCUAUCAACUUUGUUUUGUGAUUUCCCAAAUUUCUAACUUCGUUCCUUUUUUGCAUUUAUUUAUUCGUUGAUUUGCUAUGAACGUUCAAACGACCAA